AUGGCAGUGAGCGCCGCGUCCGCCGGCCGCGUGCUGCUCUCGGGCGACGCCAGCGCCACGGCGGCGACCAAGGAUACUAAGCAGGGCGGCAAAUUUGACGGCAAGGGCAUCAUCAAGAGCCUCAUCCUCGGCAAGGGCGGCGGUGGCGACACGAGCGGGCCCGCUCCGAUCUACACUGCGCCCACCGCGACGCGCGUGGUGGUGCAGCAAGUCAAAGUGCCUGUACCGACGCCGGUGCCCGUGCCCGUCCCCAACCCGGUGCCGACCCCAGUGGAGGUCCAGGUCCCAGUGCCGACACCCGUCCCAGUGCCCGUGCCGGUGCCUCAGCCUGUCUACCCGCAGCCCGCCCCCGUCCCCCAGCCCGCCUAUCAGCCAGCAUACCAGCAGCCGGUGUACCAGCCUACCUAUCAGCAGCCUGUGUACCAGCCCGCAUACCAGCAGCCCGUCAUCUACCAGCAGCCCGUGUACGCCCAGCCCGUGGUGCAGUACGCCCAGCCUGUCGUGCAGUACGCCCAGCCUGUUGUGCAGUACGCCCAGCCCGUCUACGCGGCCACCACGGGAGGGUUUGGCAAGGGCAAGGGAGCCCUCGGGAAGAUCUUCGGACGAAAGUAA